AUGAUGUCCGGUAAAAAGCAAAUGAAGGCUCCUUCUUCCUCAUCCUCUUCCAAGAUGCAAACCUAUGAGCACCAUCGUGAUCUCUAUGACAAGCGUGAUCGGUAUCUUCAACAAAUGAUUCUCGAAAAUCAACGCCGUGCUAUUGAACGACGAAAUGAAAUGGCCCGUUUGCGUCGUGAGAAUCUUGCCAAGGGGUUCGCAGCCUUGGAUGCCGAGCUUCCUCAAACUAAUCCUCGCCGUACCCAAGUCCGUGUAUUGAAUGAUGCCACUGAAUACGUUCGUGUACUCAAGAACCAAGGCGAAGGAGAAGAAGGAGACGCUACGAUGCGAGAUGAUGAUAACGAUGAAGACAUGUAA